UUCUAAUUUUCUGCAAUAAGUUGUUUAUUGUCCGGAAACAUAAACAGUGAAAUAUAAAUUCUCAUAAAAAAUAUUAAUAAAUAAGGUUUUUUUGAAUCGUAAUUUAUCAGCCGCGUAUUUUUUAUUCUGCAUUUAUAGUAUCGAGUAUUUCUUAAUAACUAGAUACAAUGGAGUCGGUACUUUUCGCGAAUAUCAAAAAGUUAUAUGCUAAUGAGCUCUAUUCCUGUGUUAUUCCUACCGCCAGCUUACUGAGUACACUUUUACAAAAUGAUCGCAAUGUCGCGACACCAGAAAUAGAAUAUCAAGUACUACUCUUUAGCGGUAAUGCACAUUACUACGAGCGGAACUAUCGCUUGGCCAGUAAACAAUAUGAAGCAGCACUAUUAAUGCGAAAGACUAUGUUACGCUUUAAGAAUACACACUUGGUUAGCAUUGAGAUUACACAUGAACAGUUUAGCGAGCUUGAGACGCGGUAUCGCCUUGCCAAGUGCUAUCAAGAACUAGGGGAGGACCACAAGGCCAUCAGUACACUACAUGCCUUGCCGCUAAAGUCUCGUACACCUAAAGUGAAUAUGUUGUUGGCGAAACUUUGGCACUACGGGCAAAGUGUAGAUAAAGCCGAGGCUAUAGCUGCAUACAAGGAAGUGCUAGGCGACUGUCCGAUGGCAUUGAGCGCUAUAGAAGCGCUGCUGAUGUUAGAUGUUGAUGGCAUAGAAGUGAACACGUUGGUGAUGAAUGCUAGUAAUGUUCCAAAGCAUAUCGACUGGCUGAGCAAUUGGAUAAAAGGACAUGCACAAUUGUACUCUCGUGAGCAUUUAGAGGCAUCAAAGACUUUUCAAGCCAUCAACGAUAAUACCAAAUUUCACCAAAAUUCACAUUUACUUGCGCUUAUAGGGAAAAGUCACUACUAUUACGGGCGCUAUAUACAAGCCCAACAGUAUUUGGAAACAGCACUUAUGGUUAAUCCACAUAAUACGGAAGCGCUAAUGCCUUUGGCUGUUGUUUACGAAUACAAUCAAAAAUUAACGGAAUUAGAGAAGCUUUCAGCACAAAUGGGUAAUAUAAAAGAUCUAAAUUCGGAACACUGGUUUGUUGUCGCCGAGUGCUGCUAUGCUGCUGGUCAAAUAGAGAAAGCUAUUUCAUUUGCUAAGAAGGCCAUUGAGUUGGAUGAGCGUAACAUUGAGGCACAGCUCUUGCGUGGACGCAUUUGCUUACAGUUAAAACAGCGUGUUGAAGCAAUUUCGUACUUUCGCACAGCACAAUGCAUCGCAAGUUACCGUUUUGAGGUGUAUAAAGGUCUUUAUCAUUGCUAUGUAGGCAUGAAGCGUCGGGAUGAGGCGCAGGCAAUGUGUGCUGUGGCUGUGCGCUGUUUCCGAAACUCGCCACGAAGCUACGUGAUGUUUGCACGCGUUUUACUGCAAUCCAACAAUCCGUUGGCGAAGAAGAGCGCCAAGAAGUUCUUAGCCAAAGCUUUGGAAAUCGACGAACACCAUGCCGUUGCCGUCGCUCUAAUGGCAGAUGUUUGUCAAGCGAACGGCGAAACACAGGAAGCAAGCGCUAUGCUGAAGAAACAAGUUAUGUCCUUUCCAAAUCCCUCAUACUUUAGCAUGUUGGGUGAUUUACGUCGCACUGCCCGUGAUUUGGACGGUGCGCUGGAGUACUACACCAUUGCAUUGAGUCUCGAGCCCAACGACCAGCAUGCAUUGAAAGGCGUUAAAGCGUUGACACCCUGGGGCGAUAAACAAGAUCAAGACACAUCUUUAAUGAUAUCACGAUUACGUGACGAGGAAUGGCAAAUAGAUGAUGAGGCGGAAGAAUCUUCCUCGCACGAUGAAGACGAUUCAGACACAUAUUCGGAUCCUUUCUGGCAGGACCUUGAAUCCGAAGUGAUUAAUUAGCCUAACCGCUAAUUCUGAUAAACGUUGUAGAAGUUAAUAUUAUUUAUUACUUAGAUACUUUAAUAAAAAAAAUGCAGCGCUAUAAGCGUUUUAGUUAUUUAUAAACUAUAAGUAAACAUAUUUCCCAUAAGUCGUUAAUGAGCACGUUUAUAUUAAAAUCCUUAAAACAUGUUCAUUUUUUAUUGUGAAAAAAUAAAUCCAAUA